UGACAGGCGGUAGCAUAAAUACGAGCCCACGAGGAAGCUGAGCUGGUGUGUAAUGAUAGGGCAGCAGCUGCGGCUGCUGCAAACUGACUGCGCCUGGAGCCGGUGGCACACAGGUGCUCCGGAGGAGCAAGAGGAGUAGUUAGAUAGCUGCUAAGGCUAAAGCACACCCCAGAGUUUUCACCUGUGGACAAAAUAGUGCAGAGCCAGUCAGUGAAAGCAAAGAGAAAGCCGAGUCUGAACAGUGAUCAGUCACGUCUAGAGAAACCAAAGUUGAAAGUUGUUUGUUUGUUUUUUCCCUGUUUUCUUUUUCACUCCCCUCGCUUGGUGGGACACUACCAUGGUCAGAAAGCCAGUUGUGACCACCAUCUCGAAAGGAGGUUACCUGCAGGGCAAUGUGAGCGGGAGGCUGCCCUCCAUGGGGGACCAAGAGGCACCUGGGCAGGAGAAAGUGGUUCUGAAAAAGAAGAUCACUUUGCUGAGGGGGGUCUCCAUCAUCAUCGGCACCGUCAUCGGAUCGGGCAUCUUCAUCUCCCCCAAGGGCAUACUCCAGAACACAGGCAGCGUGGGCAUGUCCCUGGUGUUCUGGUCUGCCUGUGGAGUACUGUCACUUUUUGCCCUGGAGCUACCGCUGUGAUAUCCCUGGCAUUUGGACGAUACAUUCUGGAACCAUUUUUUAUUCAAUGUGAAAUUCCUGAACUUGCAAUCAAGCUCGUAACAGCUGUGGGCAUCACUGUGGUGAUGGUCCUGAAUAGCAUGAGUGUCAGCUGGAGUGCCCGGAUCCAGAUUUUCCUAACCUUCUGCAAGCUCACAGCAAUCCUGAUAAUUAUAGUCCCUGGAGUUAUACAGCUAAUUAAAGGUCAUACACAGCACUUUGAAGAUGCAUUUUCAGGAAGAGAUGCAAAUCUAAUGGGGUUGCCCUUGGCUUUUUAUUAUGGGAUGUAUGCAUAUGCUGGUUGGUUUUACCUCAACUUUAUUACUGAAGAAGUAGAAAAUCCUGAAAAAAACAUCCCCCUUGCGAUCUGCAUUUCCAUGGCCAUCAUCACAGUUGGCUAUGUGUUAACAAAUGUGGCCUAUUUUACGACUAUCAGUGCUGAGGAGUUGUUGCUAUCCAAUGCUGUGGCAGUGACCUUCUCCGAGCGGCUGCUGGGAAAUUUCUCAUUAGCAGUCCCGAUCUUUGUUGCCCUCUCCUGCUUCGGCUCCAUGAACGGUGGCGUGUUCGCUGUCUCCAGGUUAUUCUAUGUUGCCUCCCGAGAAGGGCACCUUCCAGAAAUCCUCUCCAUGAUUCAUGUCCACAAGCACACUCCUCUGCCAGCUGUUAUUGUUUUGCAUCCUUUGACGAUGAUAAUGCUCUUCUCCGGAGAUCUCUACAGUCUUCUGAAUUUCCUCAGUUUUGCCAGGUGGCUUUUUAUGGGGCUGGCAGUUGCUGGGUUGAUUUAUCUUCGAUACAAACGUCCAGAUAUGCAUCGUCCUUUCAAGGUGCCUCUGUUCAUCCCAGCAUUGUUUUCCUUCACCUGCCUCUUCAUGGUUGUCCUCUCCCUUUAUUCAGACCCAUUUAGCACCGGGGUCGGCUUCCUUAUUACAUUGACUGGAGUCCCUGCAUAUUAUCUCUUCAUUGUAUGGGACAAGAAACCCAAGUGGUUCAGACAAUUGUCAGAGAGAAUAACCAGAACAUUACAGAUUAUACUAGAAGUUGUACCAGAAGACUCUAAAGAAUUAUGAACUUCAUGAAUCGAAAUCUUGGCCAUCUGCCCAGGACUGAGAUACAAAAUGGAUCUUUAUUUCAAGAAAACACAGCUUUGGUGAUGGACUAGAGGAACCAGUUAUUUCUAUUCAUAUCUUCUAGUGUAUUCAAACUAAUUUCUGAGCAGUUUACUGGUAACUCAGUGUAUUUAUAGAAAGCUAAUAUGCAAAUCACACAGUGAGGCAAGCUCAGUUCUUGAGUCUGGUGCUUACCCAUUGAGGUAAGAGAAAAAGACAAAGGGCAUUGGCAACUGGGAUAUGAUUCUCUGCAACAUUUCUUAUAGUGACUGAGAACCUUCAAAUGGAAGACCAAAGGGUUUUCUGUAUAUAGGGCAUCUGUAAACAUAGCUUUACCUACUGGGGCAUCUAUACUGUGAAAAGAGUUUUCUACUUUUCUGAAAAAAAGAAGUCAUUAUUGUGGCAAAGGGGCCAGAAAUAACUUUAUCUCACAUAGACCUUGGAUUGUUUUCCUUUAGUGACCAACAUGGCUGUCACUUAUCUUUCAAUGAGUUAUACUCAGAGCAUCAGAACAAAAGAUGGGGUAGUUGUGUGUGUGUGUGUGUGUGUGUGUGUGUGUGUGUGUGUGUGUGUGUGUAGGUUGAGAUUGAACUCAGGGCUUUGCAAAAGCCAGGCAAGCACUCUACCAUUGAGCUACAUCCUCAAACCUUAAUGUUCUUGAUUGCUUUAAAGAAGCAUUUCUUUUUUUUUUUCUUUGUUGUUGUUUUCAUUAGUUCAAAUUAGGCACAAGCUUGUUUCACAUGCCAAUCCCUUCUCCCUCUCCCUCCCAUCAUCCCCACAUCUCCUCCCCCACUCCUGACCUACCCCCCACCCCAUCUACCCUCCACUCCCCAGGCAGGGUAGGGUCUUGAGGCUAUUAUUUAUGAGGCAAUCCUAGGAACUGAGUUUGAAUAAAAAUCAUGGAGAAUUUGUUAGGUUAAAUAUGAUUUCACUUAUUGUUGGGAGGUUUGGUGUUUGGAAUGUCACUUUGUUUUCAUCCUGGUUCCUUAGUUCUGGAAAAUGUGUACUUUUUGGUAUGACAUCCAUUGAUGAGCUGCCUCUUCGGAAAUUUUAAUCUCUACAAUACAAUAUGAACCUGGGAGAAAUUGCCCAGGAAACUCUAAAUAUGGAGUUUUAUCUCUAUAACCACAUUCAUAUACAGUGUUAGUAAUUCUAAUCACUUUUCCUUUUACUUUGUGGCUAUUUUUACAUGGUGAUGAUUUCUGACAAUGUGUACAUUCCCUUUACAGUUCUGCUAAAAUAUGUCUCUGAAUAAAACUAUCUGGAUCAAUUAGGAAAAGCACAGAUUUACAUAAAAACUAUGGAAGAAAUGUCACUGCUUAGUAAGAUGUUCAACUGAUCUCUUAAAACAUUUCUACUUAUAAAUCUAGGCUUUUCCAAUCAUUUCUUCACUUUAGUUACAAUUCAACUUGCAAAAGAGGUAAUUGCGAACAAACCUAUUAGAAGGGGAGUCUUCAGUAUGUGUGUUCAGCUGGAUGAUGCAGGGUCAGAGUUAGAGAACACUGGACAAUUUUUAAUGGGGAUUAAUGUAAUGAUGGGAUUUUUAAACUCUUAUUUCUAACAUCCAAAGAUUAAAUGCUCAGCAUGGCCACAGUAAGUUUCAUCCCUUACAUUCUGACCACUUAAAAAUGAGACAUUUAAAAAUUAUCCAAAUUAACAAAACCAUUGAGUUCAUAGUCAAUUGCCCAAAGUACAAAUGAUGAUUUUAAUCCAGAACAGUUCACCAAUCCAGGUUUUUAAAGCCCCAAUGACAUUUAAUAUAUACCCAAAGUUGACUUUUUUUUUCAAAAGGCUAAACAAGUGUUUAUUUUCCUAAGUGAACUUGUAACAAUUCCUUCUGUUUUUCCUAACAUGGGCUUUCCAAACCUUUUGUAUGGUUUCUAGAACCAAAAUAGUAUUGCUUUGUUGCCAUCUAUAUCUAGCAGAUGUUGCUGGAGGUACAUAUUUUUAUAUUGUUAUUUUUACACCAGACCCAUAAGAUUUAACAUGGAGGAGUCUUCUUAGCUAUGAGAUGGAGUAAAGCCAUGGAGAGGGUCCUGCGAGUCUUGGUUCUUCCUGAGACUAAUGUGCUCUUGGGCUGGUUGGUCUCAUAGCAAUAUCUAUUUGUCUUUCCUUGUGUGAGCUAGUCAGGGUACACUUUAUCAUCCCUCCUCUCUUUACAAAGAUUCUUUUUGUAGUAUUAAAUUUAUAAUGCCAUUGUAAUACAUUUUAAACAAGCAUAAAAAAAAUCAGUAUUUCUUUAAAAUACCGUCCAUGGAGUUGCAUUUUGUCUUAUUUUGAAGUUAUAUUCUAAAAGAACACAUUUCUUUAAUCAUGGAAUUCAUGUUCAUAAUUGUUUUAUUGAGAACUUGUAAAACAGACUUUUUAUUUAGAAAUUCUCCUGCACACUUGUAAUAUAUAGUUUUUAUACAAAGUAAAAUUUUCUCAUAUUUUAGGAUAAUGUGUGUAUAUACACAUUAGUGUUAGUGUGUUAGUGUUUGUGCUGGUGUACAUAUUUGAAUGUUUAUAUAAAAUUAUGAUUUGAUUACUAUAACCCAAAGCUGGAUGCAGCCUGAACAGCUUAAGAUAUACAGUACUCUAUUUUGAAAUAUUCUCUGUUUAGUAUAUAAAGCCUUGAACAUGGAAUUUUUAAAGCAUGUUGAUUUCUAAAUUUUAGGUGCAAUUUUAUUCUCCUCACAUAAUUAUAUUUCCACUGAUUGACAUUCUAACAGUGCUAUUUUGUCUCUUUUGAAGCAUUCAAUUCUCCCCUUUGACUUCAAGUGGCUCUUAUAAAUGGUGGGUUUGCUUAGCUUCAGGAAGACCACCAUUUGUCUUUCUUCAGGCGAUUGGCCAUGUGUCCUAGCAAACAUGGCUGCGCCCACUUCCACUUGUAAGAUCACAGGUGUAUACCCACAAUCUGCAUGUGUGUUUGGCUUCCCUGCCCCGCCUAGCUCUGUGGGUGCAGGGUCCGGCCAGUUGACAGAGUUUUGAUCCCAGUGCUCUGCAGUCUCAAUAACACUAAAGUAUGCAUUUAGAAACAUUUUUUAAUUUUUCAGUUUGCCUUAUGUGUCUGCUUAAAUUGUUUCCUCAACUGCCAUUGGAACAACAACAGAUGGUUUUCAUGAAGACAAUUGUGUAGCAGAAGUCCUCACAAGCUGGUAUUAGCCUUUGGCAAACUUACUGUUUUCUCUCAAUUUACAGGUGAAUGGGAUGCAAAGAAAGCAAGCAUCUCUCACUUUUGUGGAUGUCUUGUAACUGAGGUGUGAAAAGACAACUCAGGGACAGGAUAAGAGGAGAUUUCAGGGUGCCUGUGAUUAGCAGUAACCAUGGUUCACUGUCCUACAACAAAGUCAGAGAAACAUCAAAGCUUAUCUGUUGAAUGUAAAUGAGUACCCUGAGAAGCUAAUUAAGCAGGAGCUUUGGUGUCUCCAGUACACCCAAGCUUCUUCCAAGGUCCCAGUGCUACUUUAGGAAGAUUGUGAUUUUUAAAAAGGAAGACCCAGAAUUUGGGCUGGAGAAUUUGGGCUUGGCUUCUGGGAACAUUUACUGCUCCUGCAGAGGACCUGAGUUCAAUUCCCAUCUAUGGUGACUCACAACCAUGGGUGACUGCAGUUCCAGAGGAUUCAAUACCCUCUUCUGACAUCCAAUACCCUCUUCUGCUAUUCCUUGCGUACUUGGUGUACAGAUAAACAUGCAGACAAAACACCCAUAUAUUUAAAAUAAAAUAAAUGUAUGUAAAAAUUUUAAAGACCAGGAAAAUUGCAUAUAUAAUAUACACUGUGGUAUCCACAUUUUUUUAUGAAUAAGAUAGAAAUUAUUCUGAACCAAAGGUAAAUAACCAGCAUCUCCCUCAUCACUUAUAAACUUAGAAACUCUGGGAAAUUGAAUGUGCAAAAUGGAAAGUUUUAGCUGUUCUGUACAUUUUUAAUUGGAAUCUUAAAUAGGAAUAAAAGUUCUGAAAGGCCAGUUUAACCUCAUGCCCUUUAUCUGAUUUGUGAACCUGCAUUUAAAAACAUGAUUCAGGAAACAGUAAGAAUAUUUUAAAGAAAGUAAUUUUCACUCUAUGCCUAUAAAAUGAGUUUUCAGUUGACGACUUUAUUUUUGAUGGUAUUAUUUUUGUUGGUAUAACAAAAUUAAUGUAAGAAAAAUAUUUUCCUUUUAUUUGAAUAUUGAAUACUAACAAAUUAUUAAAACAUUAGAGGAAGUGAAAGGUUUUGAAGUUUAGCAAAAUAGAGUAUUCAAGUCUCUGAAAUUUUAAUAUGGUGAGUCUUAGACCUUCAGACUUUAAGUGACAGUAUCUAAAUUAUUCUUAUUUGUCACACAUGAUGCUUCUGCUGGCCAUAAGCAGAUAACCUAAAAUUAGAACUAUUUAUGUGACAUGAAUAGCCUGUGUUUUAAAAAUUAAAUAUUUUAUAUAAAAAUCAUUCCUAUUAUUUUUCAUUAAAAUAGUCAUAGAAUAUUGGUAAACCUAUUUUAAAAUAUUUAAAUGCUACAUUAGUUGAAAUGUACACAUAAAGAAUAUUAGUGGCUUUCUCAUAAGGUCUAUGUGGUAUGGAAGACAAUGGUUUCCAUUGUGUUUUGUUGUGAAUAGUAGAAAAACCAUGAAUGAAGUUUUAUUUGUAGCUCUUUUUCUUAUUUUGGAAAGAAAUAGAUUUGAGAUUCCAAUGAAAAUGACUCAAAAAAACUUGUUUUAUUUGAAUAUCAUUUGCUUUAUAACAAGCCUUGUGUUGGUGCUGAUUGAGUGCAGGAUGGUGUUUUAUGUCCCUAAUCAAUCAAGCCAGGAAUUAAGUCAUGCCAUUGUGUAAUGGCAAGAAGCUCAUAGAAGAUAUAAAUUAGAGAAGAUAAUGAGUCAUCUGCAUAGCUUCUGUUUACAUUAUAUAUGGGUAAAAGAAUUACUGCCAGCAUAUGUAGUUUAGCUAAAUUUUCCCAUAAAUAGUAUUUCAAAAGUCUAUCUCAAAAUAUUUAAUAGUUGAAAGUGUGACCUCUAGGUAGGCCACCGAUUGUUAAUACUGUACUUUAUAAUAGGUGAGUUAACAGCCAAUUUUUUAUAAGCAAUCCUUUAUUUUUAUCAAAUUUUAAAAUUAUUUCUAUCUAAAAAUAAAUGCUGAUUUAUGUCACGUAUUAGUGCAAACCAUAUAGAAAGUUCACCAUUUCUUUGUUUUAUGAGACACUGCCCUUCUUUACCAACUCAUGUCAAUACUGUUAGUGUUACUUUUUCUUUCCUUUUCUAAAAACUAUUUCUGUUUCAUUUACAUAAAGUAACAGUUCCAUGUGUUUCAGUUUUUGAAACUAUGCCUUCAAGAUGAUAACUAUAGAAAUAUUCACUUCCCAAGAUUUUCUUAGUGAAAAAUCUGCCACUUUUAUUUAAUUUCUUGGGAUUACCCCCUGCUUUUCCUUAUUUCCACUUGACUGGAAAUGUAGAGGGUGGUUUCAGCCUCCAAACAGCUGCCUGCUGUGUGUGUAUUUAAGUCUGUUUGGAUCAAAGGUACGUUUAUAGUAUCAAUAACUGCCCACACAUUUUAUAGGUAAUACUUCUAAAGAAAUGGUGACUCAUUAGGCGUCUGAGAGCCACGUGGAUGGCUGCUGCCACUCAGCAUUAAACACACUAGCUCACUUUAGCAUACACGCUACUGAUUUUUAAACUGAAUUAAUUGUUGUUUGAAAGACCUGCCUUGCUACAUCCUUGUUACCUCUUGAUGAAGCCAAUAAAGGCAGUGUUGAAGGCCAGGGGUAGGAGAAGACUAAGGCUCAGUUACCUCUUUGCAGCAACAACUGUAUUUUAAUCUGUAGUGGUAUUUUGCACAGCAUCUUGUGGGAAAAUGAGUUAGAUCUUUCUGUGUUACAGCUCUAAGUGGAUUUUGUGUGUUCUGACUAAAAGGCACAAUUUGAAGGUAGACCUCACAUGUCCUUACUAAUGACCCUUAGUAACCACAGACUCAGAACAACAGUCAUAUAUUCCAGGAGACAAGGCAUUAUGGGUUCCAGCUCCAAGGAAUGAAGGGUCUUGUUUUAAGGAAUUUACAAAUUAAUCUUUAUUCUACUUACUAAAUAAUAUAAUCAAAUAUUAUCUUCAAGUAGAAAAGUACUUUAUAGAAAUAAAACAAGAACCAACCACAUUGUUUGCCAUGGAUGAAUGUUUAUAGCAACGAGAAAUCGCUUCCUUUGCAUUCUUAUUAUUUCAGAUACUAGUCAACAGCACUUUUUAUUACUCUGAAAGCAAAAAAAAAUCCUGUAUUAUUAAACCUAUAUUUUCCUAUAUAUAUGUAGAUAUAUGGUAGUGAUUAUUUGACAAACCAUCAGAAUUCUCUUAUGAUUCUGAGUUACUCACCCAUCUUCUUGGAGAGACUUGCUAGCCAACCCUUGUCUCUGAGAAUUUCAUUACUGCUGCUGUAAAAUCUGCAACUAAGUUAUUAACUAGGUUCUUCUUGAUAUUAUCCAUGUUCAGAGGGUUUCACCUUAAAAAAGUUCCUACAAUCAGUAGCAAUAGCUUGUUUCAGAAGCUUGUGUACUUUGAAUGCAGACAUUGGCCCGGAAUUCCUGUUUCUGUCCAUGGGUUUUAGUACAAUAGUAAUGAGAGUCAACAUGUGUUUUUCAACAUGUGGGAAUUUUCAGAUAUAUUUUCUACCUGUGUCAAACAGGAUGAAAAAAUGAAGUUAUGUCUCUCUAGUGCUGUGCUGGUUGCCUGUGGUUUUAUACUAAACAUAUUCCAGAGAAUGCACUAUGACUGGCCUCUUGUGCUGGAUGCUUGGAGAACUUAAUUUGUCUUCUCUCUCUGAUAAAACUCAACCCCUGAAUUUCAUAGUGCAUAGUUUUUAUCGUAGUGGGACUUACAUGGUAGCCAUGCACUGGGAAGGGAAAGUUUUAGUUAUUAAUUCAGUAUACUGUCGUUCUGCAUGCCUCUUUAUUUUAGUAUAUCUGGACUUACUUUGCUAAAAUAUGGGGUUAUAAAUUUUAUCUAAAUAUUUUUUCAUACUAUCUUUUUCUUCUUUCAUCAGGGAGUAGAGAAAUUCUUAUGUGUGUUGGUUUGUUCAUAUUAAGAUAUUAGACACUGUCGACAAAUGUGUUUAACACCCCUUCCAUUCUUCUGCAAACAUCAUCAAGUGGUUCUGGUGGAAUCGCUUUAGUCUAGCAGUAGUCAGGGUAACAACUAUAAUUUGAUCUGUGCUCCAGUUGUAAUUUACAAGCACGCUAAGACCUAUGUUGGAUCUAGACUGUGUUUCUCAUGGCCUUGGAGCACUGUCCACAUGGCAGGAACAUGGUAGCUUUGUUCUGGUGAUAUUAAUACCAAAUAAGAAGCAUGCUGAGAAGACAGAAUGGUGUCCUGUGUUCUUUGCACUCCUCAUCUCUGGCAGAGUUCUUUACUCUGGCAUUGUGAUGAUGAAUCUUGGUGAAGGUGAUGACUAUAGUUUGCACAAACUUCACAAAAUGCCUUAUAUUGAGUAGCAAAUAAAGGGUACGAUAGUUUUGCUACAAAAUGCUGAAUAAUAAAUUGUGAGCAGUGCAGAGGAACUAUUUGUGGAUCAUGUGGUGUCUUUGAAUUCCUUGGUGCUGGUGUUGUAACAUGCGAUAUGUGAAAUAAAGUGGGUUCCUCUACAGCUAAAUGACUUCCCCCUAGGGAGAGCUGUGCUAUAGCAAACUCAUUGCUGAAUGGUGUGUUCAUAGGCUAUUUGUAUAAGUGGGAAAGCAUGGGGAAAGGUAUGCUGUCUGAUGGAAAUGCUUCUUGUCUGUCUUUUCAUAUGGAAUGCAUUUUGGUGCAUUAUGACGUCACUCCAAUUCACAAUAUUGAAUUAUAUUUCAGUUGUAUUUGUGGAGCUGCCCACGUGUUAUGCUUCUAGCUGCUUAUAUCUUUAUAUGUUUGUCUUAUACAUAUUUUCACUUGAAAAUAAGUGGACAUUUAAAUAAAUAUUUGAUAGUUUACAUA